AUGAAUAGUUUUGUGGACUCUGCCAUCCCUAUUGAAAGGAUGAUUGACAAGUUGAGGGACCCUAUCAGAGUAUGCCAUCUUAUUGAAGGAAGAAUUGGCAGAGUUGAUGGAAUAUCAGAGGUAAUUGUUAACGUGAUAGUUUUGUGGACAUGGGCCAUCUGUAUUGAAGAAGGAUUGGCAAUGUUGAGGGACUAUCAGAAGGUAACUGUUAACAUGAUAGUUUUGAGUGACAUGGCCAUCUUAUUGAAGAAGAUUGGGAAAAAGGAAAGGAACCGCCUCCGUCCCGACUCGCGCGGCGCCUCCCUCCGGCCCUCAACGACCUCUCCGGGCAGCCCCUCAGCAAAAGGAUGGCUGGUCCCUCUCACCGCCUCCCUCUACGUCCCCGGCACCCUCGAUGACGCCGACAGGGUCCUCGUCGACGUCGGCACCGGCUAUUUCAUCGAGAAAACAAUGGAUGAAGGCAAGAAUUAUUGUGAACGAAAAAUCAAUUUGCUGAAAUCUAAUUACGAAGAGCUUAUAGAGGUUGCUUCUAAGAAGAAAAGCAUGGCAGACGAAGUGGGGCUUGUGUUACAAGCAAAACUGAGGCAAUUAUCUCCAACUACAUGAGAAUCUACAAGGUUAGGAGCAUACAGCUCAUGGAUCGUAUCUGCAUUCCAUCAGGGGAAGUAGGGUUGAGCAUUUGUACAAUUUGUCUUCUAUGAACUGUGUUUGUUUCCUCACCUACCUGUCACAACUCAAAACUCGUUUCGGCAGCGUGUGCAUUUAGUGUAAUUUAAGCUUUAUCCUUCAUCGGCUUCUUAGUUGAACUGGUAGAAGUUAAAGAGGCUUGUGUCCUAAUACUGCUACAAGAUACAAUCAUCUCAGGUGUGGCUGCGCUGUGUUGUUAAUCUAUGAUGCCGGAUUACGAGAUCAUGUUCCGUUAAGAUUCAUCACA